ACCUACGAGUUAUAUGUAAACAUUACAUUGACUUUAUUUAAAAAGAUGCUUAAAAUUAGACACAAUAAUAGUUUAAAAUUUAACAUUAUAACAGUUCUGAGUUAAAGUAAUAUAAAAAUCUUUUGAGAUAAAUCUGCAAUGUUCAAAAUGAUUUUCUGAUAUAACAUGAAAAUGGUCUACUUUUAUCUUUGUGUACCGGCUUUCCAUUUUGUCACAGAUAAGAUAAUUAAUCUUAGAGAGUUGAAUGUCCGUGCACCUCAAAUUCCUUCAAUAUGUUUCUCUUAAAUUGGAUAUUCCUUCUUUUUGGGUCUUCCCUUUUGAAAGUUAACGGCGUAUCCGAAAAGAUAUCACAGAAGCGACUUUUGCUGAAUGAUCCUAGUGCCCUCCUCUCCCGAAUAGAGGACGUGGAGAGGAAAAUGCUGGCGAUGGAUACACAAAUGACUCAGCUUAAGAGUCAACUGGACAACGGAUUGCUAUCUCAUCACAAAUCUGGAGCUGUGUUUACUCGUUGGGGUAGAAAGACUUGUCCAGUCGUGAAUGGCACCACCAUUCUAUACAGUGGCGUUGCAGCUGGAAGAAUCUACAAUGAUAAAGGAGAUGGAAUCAAUACAUUGUGCAUGCCGCAUAACCCUGAUUCCGCUCCCGUAGAUCUACUAGGUGCGCCUAACCAAUACCAUUUUGGCCGUAUAUUCGGGUCUGAGUACGAAUUUUCGUACAAAAAUGUAGCUCGUAAUGACGAUGUACCAUGUGCUGUUUGCUACGACGUCUAUGCUACCACUUCUGUGAUGAUUCCAGGAAAAAUUGUUUGUCCUAGUCACUGGACCAAACAAUUCGACGGAUUCUUAUCGUCAGGAUCUCACUAUACUGACCAAACUGGGGGAGAAUACCUAUGCUUGGAUAGAGAUCCAGAGUAUGCAACAGAGGGCGCUAGACAGCAAGACUACAAUGGCCGUGUGUUUUACCCCGUGGAGGCAGUCUGUGGAUCGCUUCCGUGCCCACCUUAUGAAAACGGCAAAUACGUCUCUUGUGUUGUUUGUAUCAAGUAAACAUUAAAUGAUUCACAAACAAGGAAGUUGUGCCAAUAAGUU